AUGGCAAACGAUGCCGUUGAUGCUACAGUUCGUGUGCUGCUGUCCGAAUUCGCUGGCAAACAAUGGCAAACGAUGCCGUUGAUGCUACGCUCGUGUGCUGCUGUCCGAAUUCGCUGGCAAACAAUGGCAAACGAUGCCGUUGAUGCUACAGUUCCUCGUGUGCUGCUGUCCGAAUUCGCUGGCAAAAUGGCGAACGAUGCCGUUGAUGCUACAGUUCGUGUGCUGCUGUCCGAAUUCGAUGGCAAACAAUGGCAAACGAUACCGUUGAUGCUACAGUUCGUGUGCUGCUGUCCGAAUUCGCUGGCAAACAAUGGCAAACGAUGCCGUUGA